AUGGAAACAGCUGGUACGAGUUCGCUCAAGCUUGUCAAACGUAUGGGAUCCGUCGAGGCGCUCAUACGCUCACUAAUCCGCGAGCCACGUGAACCACAUGUAACAUCCAUGCCAAUCGUCACUGCCACGUCAUACAUCCCCCUAGAAAGGUUCUACCAUGCGCCACAGGCCGAACGGACGGACCAAACAAACCAUCACAAGCGACGGUUUACAAUCUUCGCACCUUCCAGUCCUAUGAUUACCAGGCGCCAAAAGCAGGCUGCACAGACAGCUGCCGCAGCGGAACGGCCUGUAGACAGCGCUGUUGGGACCCGCAAGAGACCUGCCCAGCCUCUCGUCGAGAAGAAAGCUAAGCGCAAGAAGGCGUCUGCAGAGCCGUUGGAAGUUUUAGCGCCGACUAUCCAAGCCGAGCCUGAACGCAGACAAGAUAAUGCAUUGGGGACCACGCCUGCUACUACCGAAACUAAAGGAGCAGAAAAAAGCGCGCCCGUGCCUCUGGCCAAGGCCGACGCUACGGAGCAAGCACCCGUCCCACCUGAAUCCAAGAAACCAGAGGAGACCACCCCGCCCGUGCAUCCGACGCAAGCCGACGCUACGGAGCAAUCGUCCGCUCCAGCCGGAUACAAUAAGACCAAGAAGAAAACCCCGCUCGUACCUUCGGCGCAAACCGGCACCACGGAACAAGCGCCCGCUCCAUCUGACUCCAAGAAGGUUAGGAAGAAGAAACCGCCCAUGCGUCCGACGCAAAGCAACACUACGGAGCGAGCGCCCGCUCCAUCCGAAUACAAGAAACCUGAGAAACUUGCGCCCGUACCUUCGACGCAAACAGAAACUACGGUCCAAGUGCCCACUCCAUCCGAGUCCACCUCCCAAACCGACUUGGCUCUUCCUAGCUCUGAUCCCCUCCGAGAGCAUAUGCAGGGUAGAGAGCACUCGCAAGAAGAGGCUGAGGUAAUUGAUGUGCUGAUGAGUGAGCCUGAUUACGAUAGUGAGCUCACGGCUGCGGGUUAUCCUUCAACUCUCGAAUUAUCGGAGAUAUUCACGGAAUCGUACUUCAUACAACCGUCGAGGGAAGAGGAGGACGGCAAUGCUGAGGGAGAGCAACCUCAAGGCGAGUACAAUAAUUCGCGGGAUGAAGACGACGACAAGGCACAGGACCUCUUGAAGGCUUGGUUCCCGGAGCAGGACAAAGGCAAGCUCGCCGGAUUGACUGCUCCUGUACUGCUUGCUGACGCUAUAACAGGCACGGAAGGGGUGUUUGGGGACGACUACUUCGACCAACAAUCGCGGGACGAAGACGACGAGAAUGCACAAGCUAUGUUAAAGGGGUGGUCCCAGGAGGAACCCAAUGGCGACAAAGAUAUCCCUGCUGCCCCCUCAGACGACGCGCCAACGGUUCGUGACGGCGCCGAUGAGCCAUCACGACAUAUCCAAAGUGUCAGUCAAGGUCCCCAGGAAGAUGGAUUUGAUCACGAUCUCCAGGAUCCUACCGAGAGCAACCUCGGCGAGGACGUCGAUAUGCCUGAGGGUGCCCCUGUCAUCCCUUCUAUCGAUGAGAUGCUAGCAUUAAUCACGGAAACCACCGGUGAAGAACCUUGCAUGUCACCAGAGCGCACUCGAGGACCGAUCUCUCAAGAAGAUAUCAUGCGGCUAGGCGUGGUAGGGGAGAAGUUGCUGACUGUCGUGAAGUGGUGGUGCCGUUAUCUCAACAAGGACAUCGACAUUAUACUCACUCAUAUGGGACUCGGCGAGAGUACUGCUCGUGCCCCUUCAUUAUACAACCAAUUCAUGAGCUGGUUUGCUGCUUUCUCCGAGUCUCCCAAAGUGCCUUUCGACGAGUGGCAGAAAGAGGGUGGCCGCCAAUAUCAAGAACUCAAAUCCAAUCUGGAAAGCCAGGAUUCAGCUACGCGAACCAAGGCUGAGGCCACACGCCACGAAGUUAUUCGUCACUAUGAAGACGUUAACUCUACGACCGGAUCUUACGAGAUGACAGACAACGCUGUGAAGAGACGGGUCACAGCUGAGGCCGGACGUUAUUCCAAAUCCGCCAAAAUGACUGCAGCGAUGGGAGACAUGGAUGUCAUCGGCGUCGUUCUUCAUCGAGGGUGUCCCGAGUCUCUCAUAGCUCCGUCUGCGUUCUUUGCGUCGUCGCAGGCACUGAUGCGCCUAUUCUCCGACACCCACGGCGUGAACCUCACAGCUGUGCUCCAUUAUAUGUCUAGUGUGGUCGUGUCGGACACAAUCAAGAAAAACCUUACUAUCCCACAUCCGGACGUGUUCAAGACCCCGAUUUCCGAGAAGAAGACUCCUGCAACCAAAAGCGCAGCACGAUCCGAGGCCUCAGGGGGUGCAGCCAACGCGGCCGGCGGAGAAGACGCUACUAGUAACAACGCGGAGGACGACGCCGGCGCCGUAGUCGCAGAUGAACGCCCGCCUACUGUCAGAGAUGACUUGCGUAAGGUGUUUACGAAGCAGGUCAAAGCGAAGUUUGCGGCCAUCGGGCAAAAGAUCAGCUCAAAAAUGUAUUGGACGAAAAUUCUCGACUACUGCAUCAUUCACCGAGUUUUCGUCGACCUGUUCCCGCAUACGCUUACCACCCACGUCAUGGGCAAUCCCAAGUGGGACUAUGUGACUUAUCGAACGUGUCACCUGUGGGCACUCUGCCGUGGGGGAUACGACCAGGAAGUUGAUGAUCCGACGGGCGAACUGAAGAGAUGGGGAACACAUGAUUGGCUCCUGUUGAAAGAGGCUGUGAAGAAUGGAAAUGGCAACGGCGAGACGCUCGACGACCUCGAGUACGCGUCUUGCUGGAGCCUUGAGCCCUGGACGGACGAUACGAUCGCCGACUGGGAGGAUUUCGACGCCAGGGACUCAGUAGUCCUCGUUCGUUCUCGCGAUGGCGAAAGCCUUGUGACAGUGGCCGAUGCACGCAAAUGGCUGAAGAAGCUACCUAGUCCCAAGUUGCCAAAAGGAAUGACGAAGUCUAAGGGUAAGGGUAAACAGAAGGCCGAUAUUUCACCAACUAGUCCGGCAAAAUUAUCCCCUACCGCGCUACAAGAUGAUAACGUCGAUCCGAGUAACGCGAGCACAAUUGUACAGCGUCCUCGACCUCAGCAACGAACAGAGCUGGUGUCCCACAUCCACUCUCCCGUCGGCGAGAUGCCCGGAGGCAGCAGUCGACAAUCUGCAGGUGAUGAGGCGCCAGCGCGUAUAGGUGAAGUAACAGCGGUCAAUGAAGCCACCGUACCUGCUUUACAACCCGACGGUAUGCAUGACCCUUCCUCCCCAAUCAGCGCACGCUUGCGACGCCGUCGCCCGUCCUCACCCUCCGCGACUGGCCGUUGGGACCUAUCUGACGGCGAUGACCAUGUCGACGAGGCGCCUCCUUUAGAACAGCAAGCUGCCAAUCAUUCAGCUCGCCCGCCAGCAUUGAGUAAUUCGCGAAGACCGCGCAGCAACUCAGUCAUCGAGCUUUCCCCCCCGUCGUCUGCUCGUUUUCGUUCCGCCAACGCCUCGACUUCGCGAAGUCAGGUGGUAGCGUCCCACGCGCACGCGCCUCUUGUUCGACCGAAUCAGAAUCGUGCCAUGCGGGGGAGGACCGGUGCUCAAGCUCGUCCACAGCCUAGCCCUCCCUCGACUUCACGCGGACGUUUAGCGCCUUCGACGCAGUCGGGAGGCAAUGGUGCACCUAUGCGAGGGACAGCUAAUACUCAAGGUCGCACGCGCGUAGCAGGCUCAUCCUCCAGUUCAUCAAGGGUGCGUCGGGAGCGCGAUGGAUGGGCUCGCAUGCAAGCCCAAGGCGGUGGGAUAUUCAGCCAGUAUCCACCCAGCUUCCCGGGAUAUGGAUUUGGAGGAUUUCCGGGUUACCAGCAAAUGAUGGCACCUCCAGGGUUUCCAUUCUACCCGUCAGGGGGGAGUAUGGGCCCUAUGCAACGUCCCCCAAGGCGCAAUCAGCCCGAGAUGAUGCUGCAGCCAUCUAGAUCCCGUCAAAACACUGUGCCAAGUCAGGCCAUGCCACCCCAGCGCCGUCAAAGGGCGCGGCCAGAGGACCUCGAUUAUGAGCCCGAUGCGUUAGAGGAGGAUGACGAGUGA